AGCAAGCUUCACUAGUCUGGAAGCUUUUGAGCAGCGCCCCGACGAACAUAGUGGUUAAACUCAUUCCCUGGUUAGCGGCGUCCUGUUUCACCUGAAAAAAUGUCAGCUACUGCAUGUACCAGUGCUUAAGUACGUACUAUAGUACCAGCAGAUAAGCUUCUCUCUAAGGUAAACCAGCUGGAUGGAAGGGAAAGAUAAUUGUGCUCGGACCGAAGCUGGUCGAAACGAUGAUACAAAUUAUGUAGCUGAGUUCAAUGGGGUGUAUCCAAUAGAUGAUGUGUUGCUUUGGCAUCAUGCCAUUUUGACCGAGUUGAAUCAAACACUUGAGAAGCCGAAGAAUAUGCCUAUUUCUGGAGCUGUUACUAGUUACGAUCCAGCUUUCUAUGACAGGCUGCAAUUUAUUGCUGAAAUUUGCAUGUUUCACAGUAUUGCUGAGGAAACGAUCCUAUAUCCUGCAGUCUAUGGAGAGCUUUCAAUUUUCCAAGAGCAUAGAAAUGAAGUGAGUCUAUCCAAUGAGUUUAGAUGUUUGAUCCAAAGUAUUAAAAGGGCAUCCAAAAAUCCUUCAGCAGCUGCUGAAUUUCAUUCAAAGAUAUGUUCCCGUGCUGAUCAAAUGAUGGACACUUUAAAGGAACAUUUCCAUGAGGAGGAAAUUAAGGUACUUCCACUUGUCCGAAAGCACUUGAGUAUUAACAGACAACAGGAGCUUCUGCAUCAAAGCUUAUGCGUGAUGCCUUUGAAACUAAUUGAGCAUGUCUUGCCAUGGCUGGUAAAAUCAUUGACUGCAAAUGAAGCCCAGACAUUUGUGAAGAACAUGCAGUUGGCAGCUCCAGCAUCAGAUACCGCUCUGGUGCAGCUAUUACGUGGUUGGGCGGGCAAGGCUAGUAAUGACAUCCUAUGCUCAUCUAGUUCUAGUUCUUUUCAUUUCAACUCUAUAUCGCCGUCAAAUUCAUCUCUCGAAGAAUGCAAUAGCCCUGCUGCUAAUGGAAUGCCUGCACAACCAAUAGAUGUUGUUUUUAAAGUUCAUAAGGCCAUACGCCGUGACUUGGAAUAUCUAGAUACUGAAUGUGAGAUGCUCAGUAACUGUGAUGAAAUAUUUCUUCAGCAAUUCAUUGAAUGCUUUUCUUUAUUAUGGGGCUUAUAUAAAGCACAUAGUAAUGCAGAGGAUUAUAUAUUGUAUCCAGCAAUGGAAUCCAGGGAGGAGCUCCAAAAUGUGAGUCACUCCUACAUACUUGAUCAUCAGCAAGAGGAACAUGCAUUUGAAAAUAUUUCAGGUGUUCUUCUUGAGCUUUCUCAUCUUCAUAGAGGUACAGGAUCUGGUAUCCCCAUAAGUGAAUAUGUGGGGAAGUACUAUGAGCUGGCAAAUAGGCUUCGAAUGAUGUUCAUGUCUCUAAGAAUGAUGGUAGACGAGCACAUGUACCGGGAAGAGCUUGAGCUGUGGCCAUUAUUUGGAGUACACUUCUGUGUGGAGGAGCAAAAUAAAUUGAUUGGUUUCAUAUUGGGGACUACAGGUGCUGCAGUUCUGAAAUCUAUGUUACCGUGGGUUACUUCUGCACUUUCUGAGGAUGAACAGAACAAAAUGAUGUAUACCUUUGAAACUGUUACGAGAAAUACAAUGUUUAAGGAUUGGCUUAGUGAAUGUGGGAAAGGAAGCUCACUGUCAACUCUAUUGCCUAAACUGGAAACUAACAUUGUCAUUAAAGGUACUGGAUCUGAACAAAGUCACUGCCAGAUUGAUCAUGCUUUCUACUCUCAUAUGCGGAAGAACUUAAAGCAUCAAAUGACUAGGUACUGGAUUGCUGCUAAUCACCGGAGUUUACCUAUAGCAAUAGCAGUGGAUAGUUCAGCAAGUGUCCAAUUAGGAGGACAGUCACCAACAUUUCGAGAUCAUGAUAAAACAGUAUAUGGCUGCCAGCAUUAUAAAAGAAACUGCAAACUCCUUGCUGCUUGCUGCGGCAAACUGUAUACUUGUAGAUUUUGCCAUGACAUUGUGAGCAACCACCCAAUGGAUAGCAGGAAAGAAACAUCCAAAAUGAUGUGUAUGCGCUGUCUUACUAUUCAGCCACUCGGGCCAGUAUGUACAACAGCUUCUUGCAAUGGAUUUCCAAUGGCAAAGUAUUAUUGUGAUAUUUGCAACCUCUUUGAUGAUGACAGGAAUGUCUACCAUUGUCCAUUUUGCAACUUAUGCCGAGUUGGAAAGGGCCUUGGCAAUGAUUAUUUUCACUGCAUGUCAUGCAACUGUUGCAUGGGGAUGGCUUCGGUGAAUCACAAGUGCCGGGAGAAAUGUCUAGAAACUAACUGCCCUGUCUGCAAUGAGUUCUUAUUCACGUCAAGUUCAAGAAUCAAAGCUUUGCCAUGUGGACAUUGUUUACAUUUAGCUUGCUUCAAGACUUCCACCCAGAGCAACAGUCACUACGCUUGUACAGUUUGCAGCAAAUCUUCUGAAGCUACAAUGAUGACAUCAACAGAAUCCUCAUUACUUGUAGAUGGUAAUAAUACCAUGGAAGGAAGACUUUUCAUCCGCGCGAGCUUCUGGCAGGUUAAUAUGUUAUAUCAGCUUCUCUUAAGGUUUCAGUACCACAAUGAAAGAGUUGCAGUACCAAGAUUUCUACAAAGACUAAAAAGGGGAUUGGAGAAUGGAGUUGCAGGACAGAAGGCCAAAGAGAGGUGUAUACUAUGUUGUGUGAUGCUCUGCAGUCUGGUGUUGUUUUGUGUCUUGAGCACUCUUCUAAUUUUGCUUGGGCUCAAAGGAUUAGGAAGCAACAAGUAUAUUCAACUAUUAACGUAGACUGUGAUAUUUCCCCAAAUAAAUAAUUAAAAGUUGGGAUUUCAAAUUGUUCCUUAAAUAAAUUCCAGUCGUUGGCUAAGAUAGAAUUCAACAUAUUCUGGAGAGCUAUG